AUGUCGGCCAAGAGGAGCCGGGAUCCGCACUCCCCAGCAGAGAGCAGCGCCGAGGGAGCGGGGCAGGAGCACGACGAGGAGGGACCGCCGGGGGACGGGACGGAGGCUAGUGACAGGACCCAGCCCACAGCUCCUCCUGGUCCGGAGGAGCCGGUCUCACCGCGGGGCACCCGGCGGCGACGGGCCGAGGCGGGGUGCGGCAAGCCGCGGCGGGCCAGGACAGCCUUCACCUACGAGCAGCUGGUGGCCCUGGAGAACAAGUUCCGGGCCACACGGUACCUGUCUGUCUGCGAGCGCCUCAGCCUGGCGCUGUCCCUCAGCCUCACCGAGACACAAGUGAAGAUCUGGUUCCAGAACCGACGCACCAAGUGGAAGAAACAGCACCCGGGCGCCGACGGGGCGGCCCCCGCCGCAUCGCCCUCCACGGCAGCGGCUGCGGGCAGCGGCAGCUCCAGCCCGCCGGGCCCGGGCUCUCUGCCCUUCCAGACUUUCCCAUCAUACGCCGCCACCAGCGUUCUCGUCCCGCCCGCCGCUCCCUUCCCGCUGAGCGGGGGCCCCUUCGCGCCCUUUCUGGGCCCCGCGUAUCUCGGCCCUUUCUACGCCCCGCACCUCUGA